GGUGAGUCCGGCGGGGAGACGGGGUCCGCGGUGCGUCGCUCGGAACCGGAGAGGAUAAUAAGAGGGCAGCGCUAGCGAGGGUCCCACUUCCCGGAGGGGUAAAGCCGGAUCUGGAGUCACCUCCCGGGCCACAGAGACCCCCUUCCGUCCUGAGCAGAUGAUCGAUCCGAGCAUGACCACACCGUCUCUGAGCUUCUCCUCCGGGCGUGGACCGAGCACAUCCCGCUCCGGGUGAUUUCAUGGGGCUGCUCAGAGUCAUGAUGCCGCCCAAGUUGCAGCUGCUGGCGCUGCUGGCGUUCGCAGUGGCCAUGUUCUUCCUGGAGAACCAGAUCCAGAAGCUGGAGGAGUCCAGGGGGAAGCUGGAGCGAGCCAUUGCCAGGCACGAGGUGCGAGAGAUCGAGCAGCGGCACACGCAGGACGGCCUGCGGGAGCGGGACUCGGCGGCCGCGCACACCAACGCCGAGGAGGACGUGGUCAUCAUCUACAACCGCGUGCCCAAGACGGCCAGCACGUCCUUCACCAACAUCGCCUACGACCUGUGUGGGAAGAACCACUACCACGUCCUGCACAUCAACACCACCAAGAACAACCCCGUCAUGUCCCUGCAGGACCAGGUGCGGUUUGUAAAGAAUGUGACCGAAUGGAGGGAAAUGAAGCCGGCUUUCUACCACGGACACGUCUCCUUCCUGGAUUUCACCAAGUUUGGGGUGAAGAAGAAGCCCAUAUACAUAAAUGUAAUAAGGGACCCCAUCGAGAGGCUGGUGUCCUACUACUACUUCCUGCGUUUUGGAGAUGACUACAGGCCUGGCUUGAGGCGCAGAAAACAGGGGGAUAAGAAGACAUUUGAUGAAUGUGUGUCAGCUGGCGGCUCAGACUGCGCUCCCGAGAAGCUCUGGCUCCAGAUUCCCUUCUUUUGUGGUCACUACUCUGAAUGCUGGAACGUGGGCAGCCAGUGGGCUCUGGAGCAGGCCAAAUACAACCUGGUGAACGAGUACAUGCUGGUCGGAGUAACGGAAGAGCUGGAGGACUUCGUCAUGAUGCUGGAGGCGGCGCUGCCACGCUUCUUCAGAGGAGCCACCGAGCUGUACAAAACAGGCAAGAAAUCCCACUUGAGGAAGACCAGCGAGAAGAAGCCGCCCACCAAGGAGUCCAUCGCCAAGUUGCAGCAGUCGGCCAUCUGGAAGAUGGAGAACGAGUUCUACGAGUUUGCUCUGGAGCAGUUCCAGUUCGUCAGGGCGCACGCCGUCAGAGAAAAGGACGGCGAGCUCUACCUGCUGGCGCAGAAUUUCUUCUACGAGAAAAUCUACCCCAAAAACUAAAGAGGCGCGUUCCUGAGGAAGAACAGUCUUUGGGGGAAA